AUGCUCGAUGCUCAAGCUACCAAUCCGACGGGUGAGAGAGUCUUGGCUGUGAGAAGAAGAGUAGAGGACAGAGGCCAGCUUGAAGUGAUGCUGCACAGUUUCGUCCUGCUUAUGAUGCGGUGUUGCCUAGUCGACCAGACAUCAGAAUGGAGAUGCAGCGAUUGGAAAGAAGCUGGAAUCAAAUGGGAAGAUGGGUACUCACAGGGUCAGCCAUUUGGAGCGCAGUCGGUUCAGGCAGCCAAAGAAUGCAGCAUUGACAUCUGUAGGCAAAAUGGACAAAAUGGUACCAAAGAGUGCCAGUAA